GUUCUCUUUACUUGGUUCUUGAUUCUGUGUGGUUCUGGAAAAAAUGUGGGUUUUGGAUUUAUCAUUGCUCUCGGUUCUUGUCAGUGUGUGUUUUCUGAUUUCCACAUUGGUUGAAGACUGCCAUAGAAACUACUGGUAGAUUAGUCUGGGCGGUCUCUCCGCUCGUUAACAUUGUUUUUGCAUAAAAUUGGAUGAUCGCAGAACUUGAUCAAGUACCUGAAAAGUUUUCUUAUUUCGAGGAGGAAAUUAUGAGUGCCUAAUGUGCUUUUAGUGGUGAAGUUUUAGUGGCUGGCAACUGAAAAUGGGGUUUCCAGCUUUGACUUGGUAUUGUAGGCCGGUUGCAAAUGGGGUUUGGGCAAGCAUAACAGAUAGCACUUUUGGAGAUUAUACACCAUGUGGGAUUGACUCUGUUGUGGUUGGUAUUUCUCAUUUGGUGCUUCUAGGCUUGUGUUUCUAUCGGAUUUGGCUGACUAAAAAGGGUCCUAAAGUCCGGAGGUAUCGCCUGAGAUCAAAUAACUACAGUUACUUGUUGGGUUUGUUGGCUAGUUAUUGCACUGCUGAGCCUUUGUUUAGACUGGUUAUGGGGAUUUCAAUAUUUAAUUUGGAUGGACAGACUGGUCUUCCUCCCUUUGAGAUAUUUUCAUUGAUCAUUGAGGCUCUUGCCUGGUGCUCCAUGUUGGUUAUGAUUGGUAUAGAAACAAGAAUCUAUAUCAAAGAGUUCCGCUGGUAUAUCCGAUUUGGAGUAGCUUAUGUCUUGGUGGGGGAAGCUGUGAUGCUCAAUCUCAUCCUUCCUAUGACAGAUUUCUACACGAGAUCAGUGCUGUAUUUGUACAUCAUCACACUUGCUAUUCAGCUACUGUUUGGGGUGUCUCUUCUCGUUUACAUUCCUCAUUUGGAUCCAUAUCCUGGGUACAUACCUUUGCGGAAUGAGUCUCUUGAUGACACGGAGUACGAAGCACUUUUGGGGGGAGAGCAUAUCUGUCCAGAGAGGCACGCCAACCCAUUUUCCAGGAUUUGUUUCGGAUGGAUGACCCCACUCAUGCAGCAAGGCUAUAAAAGGCCUAUCAUUGAGAAGGAUGUCUGGAAGCUAGACACAUGGGAUCAGACAGAGACAUUAAUUAAAAAGUUCCAAAUUUGUUGGGCUGAAGAAUCUAAAAGGUCUAAACCCUGGCUUUUACGUGCCUUAAACGGUAGCCUAGGAGGAAGGUUCUGGUUUGGAGGCAUUUUCAAAAUUGGCAAUGAUCUUUCCCAAUUUGUGGGGCCAGUUUUGUUGAAUCAUCUCUUAAAGUCAAUGGAACAAGGUGAUCCAGCAUGGAUUGGGUACAUUUACGCCUUCUUAAUUUUCGUUGGGGUGUCACUUGGCGUGCUAUGUGAAUCUCAGUAUUUUCAGAAUGUUAUGCGUGUUGGUUUCAGGCUAAGAUCAACUUUGGUGGCAGCUGUAUUUCGCAAAUCCUUAAGGCUCACGCAUGAGAGUCGCAAGAAGUUCCCAUCAGGAAAGAUAACAAAUUUGAUGACAACAGAUGCUAAUGCACUUCAGCAAAUAUGCCAACAACUUCAUGGUUUAUGGUCAGCUCCAUUUCGAAUCACCAUUGCUAUGGUCCUUCUUUACCAGCAACUUGGUGUGGCAUCACUUCUUGGUUCACUAAUGUUAGUUCUAAUGUUCCCUAUACAGACAUUUAUCAUUAGCAAAAUGAGAAGACUAUCCAAGGAAGGACUGCAACGUACUGAUAAGAGAGUUGGGCUAAUGAAUGAAAUUUUGGCUGCCAUGGACACCGUAAAAUGUUAUGCAUGGGAGGAGAGUUUCCAAUCCAAAGUUCGCGGCAUGAGGAAGGAUGAACUCUCAUGGUUUCAGAAAGCACAACUAUUGUCGGCGUGUAACAAUUUCAUACUAAACAGCAUUCCAGUUCUCGUAACGGUGACAUCAUUUGGGUUGUUCACGUUGCUUGGUGGGGAUUUGACUCCUUCAAGGGCUUUCACAUGCAUGUCUCUAUUCGCAGUGCUACGUAUGCCACUAAACAUGCUUCCAAACUUAAUAACACAGGUUGUAAAUGCAAAUGUGUCGUUACAACGACUGGAGGAACUUUUCUUAGCUGAAGAGAGAAUUCUUUUACCUAACCCUCCUCCUGAACCUGGUCUUCCAGCCAUCUCAAUCAAGGAUGGAUACUUUUCAUGGGAUUCUAAGGCAGAAAAACCCACAUUGUCAAAUAUCAAUUUGGACAUACCAGUUGGCAGCCUAGUUGCAGUAGUUGGUGGCACUGGCGAAGGAAAGACGUCGCUUAUAUCGGCAAUGAUUGGGGAGCUUCCGCCUGUAGAAGAUUCAACUGUUGUCAUCAGGGGAACCGUUGCUUAUGUGCCCCAAAUUUCAUGGAUUUUCAAUGCUACUGUACGGGAGAACAUACUAUUUGGUUCUAACUUUGAAUCUUCUAGAUACUGGAAGGCAAUUGAUGUAACUGCAUUGCAGCACGACCUCGACCUACUUCCUGGUCGUGAUCUUACAGAGAUUGGUGAAAGAGGUGUGAAUAUUAGUGGGGGGCAAAAGCAAAGGGUUUCCAUGGCCAGGGCUGUGUAUUCCAAUGCAGAUGUAUACAUAUUCGAUGACCCUUUAAGUGCUCUAGAUGCCCAUGUUGGUCGACAGGUUUUUAACAACUGCAUCAAAGAAGAGUUGCAAGGGAAAACCAGAGUGCUUGUCACAAACCAGCUGCAUUUUCUUCCUCAGGUGGAUAAAAUUAUUCUUAUAAACGAAGGCAUGGUCAUGGAGGAGGGAACAUUUGAGGAGCUUUCUAGAAGUGGCGUACUGUUCCAAAAGCUUAUGGAGAAUGCGGGGAAAAUGGAAGAGCAUGUGGAUGAAAAGGAGGACGACAAUAAUAGUGAUUAUAAAUCCUCGAAGUCUGCUGAUAGUGUAAUGCAGAAUGGAUUACCAGAAAGUGGGAACCCGAAAAGUACAAGGAAAGUAGGAAAAUCUGUUCUUAUCAAGCAAGAAGAAAGGGAGACAGGUGUUGUCAGUUGGAAGGUCUUAACGAGGUAUAAAGAUGCUUUAGGAGGUUUUUGGGUUGUCAUGGUCCUAUUUAUGUGCUACAUUUUGACCGAAGUCCUUCGAGUUUCGAGUAGCACAUGGUUAAGUUUUUGGACAAAACGUAGCAGUUCAAGUUCAGGACCGGGUUUCUUCAUUCUGAUUUAUGCACUUUUGUCAUUCGGUCAGGUGAUGGUAACCCUGUUAAACUCUUUCUGGUUAAUCACAUCAAGUCUUCACGCAGCUAGAAGAUUGCAUGAUACCAUGCUACAGUCCGUACUCAGAGCUCCUAUGUUAUUCUUUCAGACCAACCCAAUCGGGCGGGUAAUCAACAGAUUUGCAAAGGAUCUGGGUGAUAUAGACCGCAAUGUUGCUAAUUUUGCGAAUAUGUUUCUUGGCCAAGUUUGGCAGCUACUGUCAACUUUUGCACUGAUUGGUAUUGCGAGCACCAUCUCCCUCUGGGCCAUAAUGCCACUGCUGAUUUUGUUCUAUGCAGCCUACCUAUAUUAUCAGAGCACAAGCCGGGAAGUAAAGCGCUUAGAUUCCAUAACUAGAUCUCCAGUUUAUGCACAAUUUGGAGAAGCACUAAAUGGUUUGUCUUCAAUUCGUGCCUACAAAGCAUACGACCGGAUGUCCAACAUUAAUGGAAAAUCAAUGGACAACAAUAUUAGAUUCACCCUCGCUAACAUAAGCUCCAACCGCUGGCUUACAAUAAGGUUAGAAACAUUAGGAGGCAUCAUGAUUUGGAUGACCGCAACUUUUGCUGUCAUGGAAAAUGGAAGAGCAGAAAACAAGGUGGCAUUUGCAGCUACAAUGGGUUUGCUUCUUAGUUAUUCUCUAAACAUCACAAAUCUACUGAGUAAUGUUCUGAGACAAGCAAGUAGGGCCGAAAAUAGUCUAAAUUCCGUUGAGCGUGUUGGCACAUACAUAGAUUUACCAUCUGAGGCUCCAGCUGUCAUUGAGACCAACCGUCCGCCACCUGGAUGGCCCUCAUUAGGAUCGAUUAAAUUUCAAGAUGUUGUGUUACGCUAUAGGCCUGAGCUUCCUCCUGUUUUGCAUGGACUGUCCUUCACAAUCUCGCCAUGUCAGAAGGUAGGCAUAGUUGGAAGGACCGGUGCAGGGAAAUCUAGCAUGCUCAAUGCUUUAUUUCGGCUAGUUGAAUUGGAAAAGGGAAAAAUCCUGAUUGAUGAUUGUGAUACUGGGAAGAUAGGGCUGACAGAUCUCCGUAAGGUUUUGAGUAUUAUACCACAAUCACCAGUUCUUUUGUCAGGUACUGUUCGAUUUAAUCUUGAUCCUUUCAGUGAACACAAUGACGCUGACCUUUGGGAGGCUUUAGAGCGUGCUCAUCUGAAGGAUGUCAUCAGAAGGAAUGCUUUGGGGCUUGAUGCUGAGGUUUCAGAGGGAGGGGAGAAUUUCAGUGUUGGACAGAGGCAACUCUUGAGUCUGGCUCGAGCGUUGUUACGGAGAUCAAAGAUUCUUGUUCUCGAUGAAGCAACAGCAGCUGUUGAUGUUAGAACUGACUCGCUUAUCCAGAGAACCAUUCGAGAAGAAUUUAAAUAUUGCACAAUGCUCAUCAUUGCUCAUCGGCUGAAUACCAUUAUAGACAGUGACCGGAUUCUGGUGCUUGAUGCUGGUCAAGUCAUCGAGUAUGAGACCCCGGAGAAACUAUUGUUGAACGAAACAAGUGCUUUCUCUAAGAUGGUUCAAAGUACAGGUGCUGCAAAUGCUGAAUAUCUACGGAGCUUGGUGAUCGGGGAAGGAGGAGAGAACAAGUCUGGGCGACAAGAGAACAUUCCUGUAGAUGGAAGGAGGUGGUUAGCCUCUUCCCACUGGGCUGCUGCUGCGCAGUAUGCUCUUGCCGUUAACCUCACUUCUUCACACAUAAAUCUUCAACCAUGGGAAAUGGGGGAGGAGAACAAUAUGGUAAAGAGAACGAAGGAAGCUGUCGUCACUCUCCAGGAAGUUUUAGAGGGGAAACACGACGAAUGCAUUGAAAGUACGUUAAACCAGUACCACGUCUCUGGAGAAAGCUGGUGGUCGACUCUCUACAGAGUUGUUGAAGGUCUUGCUAUGAUGAGCAGAUUGGCUCAGAAUGGGCUUCAAUCACUUGAAAAUGGGUUUCAAGACAGAUCAUCGGAGUGGGACCGCGUCGAAAUGUAGGGAGAAGAUGUUAGUCUUUAAUUGAUUGUGUAAUCUGGAAUAAUGCUGCCUAUCCAUGGUGCUUGGAGAUCAGUCUGCCAAUGAUUAUGUUCAUCAUCAAAGUAUUAAGAACAGCUUUUUACUAGUCAAACCAGUUUCCAGUUCUAGUUUCUUGUUCUGCUAUGAUUAAUUCUUCCUCA